CUGGGAAUUGGUCGGCAGAUGGCGGGGUAUGUAGGGUAGCAGGGAUACGUGCCCUGCGUUUCUGUGGCGUAAGAUGGCGCUGCACUUUGCACGUUCUUGGCGCUUGUACAGCUGGGGAGCCAAACGAUGUGGGGCUGCCGCAGGGGAAGCCCGGAGAGGCAUCAGUUUCAAACUGGAAGAAAACACUGCCCACAGCAGUCUGGCACUCUUCAGAGGUGACACAGGUGUCAAAUAUGGCUUGGUAGGAUUGGAACCCACCAAGGUGGCCCUGAAUGUGGAGCGCUUCCGGGAGUGGGCAGUGGUGCUGGCAGACACAGCGGUCACCAGUGGCAGACAUUACUGGGAGGUGACAGUGAAGCGCUCCCAGCAAUUCCGCAUAGGAGUGGCAGACAUGGACAUGUCCCGGGAUAGCUGCAUCGGUAUUGAUGAUCGUUCCUGGGUGUUCUCCUAUGCUCAGCGCAAGUGGCACACCAUGUUGGCCAACGAGAAAGCCCCAAUUGAGGGUAUUGGGCAACCCGAGAAAGUGGGGCUGCUGUUGGACUAUGAGGCCAAGAAGCUGAGCCUGGUGGAUGUGAACAAGGUCUCUGUGGUCCACACGCUACAGACAGAUUUCCGGGGUCCGGUGGUGCCUGCUUUUGCUCUUUGGGAUGGAGAGCUGCUGACCCACUCUGGGCUUGAGGUGCCAGAGGGUCUCUAGUAUGUCCAUUAUUAGAGUCCCUAAUCAUACUCUUGGCCAGUUUCCAACUGAAAGUAUAUGAAGACCUCUAUCUCCCACAAUUCAUUGUUGGGUCCUCUGUGCAAUAUCUUAGUCAUUUUCUGUUUCCUACCCCAUGAAAGCUAGGCAUACGGUCAAGGUUUCAUUCAAACUAUCGUGGGUUUCCUGGGCACCACAGGUAUAGUUUCCCAUACUUUGUUCCUUUAGUCGCUGUGCCUCCCAUACCUCAAAACUAUUCAGUCUUAGGGUCUUGUCUUUUAGCUUGGUUGAAUUUAUUCACUAUGCUACCUCUCUCUCCCUUUAUCUGUAUGUUAUUUGUUUGUUUUGGGGUUUCUAUCAAAUCUCUCCAGAGUAAAUCCUUUCUACCUCUGGCUGGAGGAGUGGUGCAGUCAGUGACUUGGUCCUUCCUCUGCAGCACCUACAGAGUCUGGUCUCUGGUCCCUCAGUCUUUAUUGACUCAGUGGGUCAGAGUGAAAACAGAACCCCCAAGUACCUCAGCGCCAAAGACCCGCAGCUCCACACAGAUGGCAGCUAUCCUUACCCUGAGUCCAUUUAACUUCAUUUGUACACCUCCUGUACCCAGCCAAUCCAUCAUAAUCAUUGUGCCAGUUAUAACUGUGACAAAGGGAAAAGAACUAGGGAGAAAUCUAGGGGAUUAGUGUCAAAAAUAUUAUUAUUAAGAAGUUCCAUCUUCAUUUCUGACACAGUUAAAACUCCAGAGGAAGGAAGGCACCUAAUGUUUUGCAUAGUCCAUUUUUGGGUCUAUUGAGACUCAAACACUCAUUCCCAUUAGCAACAUAAUACACUGAUCCUAAAACCGUACUUGGGGUUGAGGGUGAAGUAAGUGAAUAUGUACAUGAAAUGUGUAUUGUUUGGGCUCUGUCUGACCCUGUGUUCUAUCUUAUUCUACCUUCUAUGAUGGUGAUAAAGCUGGAAUACCCUGAGGGAAAAAGAGAAUGACUGAGUUUAACAAAAGUAAUUUGUGUAAUUAAAGUUUAUUUGAGCACAAAA